AUGGAGGAAGAAGAAAUCGAGAAGAGAGCAGUGAGAAUAUUCGUCGGAGGAUUGGGUGAAGCCGUAACCACCGAAGACCUUCGCCGGCUAUUCGAAUCAUUGGGCACCGUUCAAUCAAUCGAAACCAUCCGAACCAAAGGUCGCAGCCUCGCUUACCUCGACUUCCUCUCCGAUCCUAAAUCCCUUUCCAAACUUUUCAGCAAGUAUAAUGGGUGUGUGUGGAAAGGUGGAAAGCUUAGACUUGAAAAGGCUAAAGAGCACUACCUUGAUCGGCUGAAAAAAGAAUGGGAAGAAGACAAGAUUCUUAGUAUCGAACCACCGGCUACUGAGAUUUCUACUCAAAAGGAGGAUUUGGUAAAGGAAAAGCCUAAUUCAAGACGCAUUUUGGACUCAGAUGCAAAGCCUCUUAAUAUUUUCUUCCCAAGAUUAAGAACGGUGAAAUCCAUACCAUUCAGUGGAACUGGCAAGCACAAAUAUAGUUUCCAGAAUAUUAAAGUUCCUCCUCUCCCUGUGCAUUUUUGUGAUUGUGAGGAACAUUGUAGUCCUUUUAUCACUAAAAGUGAAAAGUUAUCUAUGAAUACGGCAGCUGAAACUGGUGGAAUAAAUGAUGAGGAAAUUAACAUCAUGAAUGCUGUGAUGAACAAGCUUUUUGAAAAAGAGAAGGUUUCAAACACCAAGCAACUUGGAAAGAAGCAUGAUUCAUUUGAAUCUCCAAAUGCUUUACAAUCUAAUAAAGGUGAAGUAGAAAGUGCAACAGAUGUUGAUGACGAUGAUGACGAUGAUGAUGGUCUCAUAAUCAACAUUGCAACGAAGAAAAGGAAAGCAGCUUUAACAGAGACCCAAGAACUUGAAAAGAUCUUGGAAAAUCAGGAAUGGUCCAAUAAAUCAAAUAUUGCAGAGGAAGAACCCAUUGAUGUGCAGAGGAGCAACAAAAAUCCUGACAAGGUCAAGAAGAGAAAACCACUUCCCAAAUCAGAAAGCAACAGCAAUGAAGGUGUGUCUAGUGCCCCUGCUGGCAAGAGUAAAAUGCAGACCCUUAUAGAUGAGCUGGGAUCUGGCGAACAGCCUACUGAACCAGGAUAUGAUCUUGGGGAAUUGGGUAAUGUUUCAUGGUCGCAGAAGUCUUCAUGGAAAGAACUUGUUGGUAAAGGAGGCAAUGCUUCCUUCAGCGCCUCUCUCAUAUUGCCGAAGUAUGAUUCUGAUAAAGAUCAACAAAAUUCUGAUGAUUCUUGCACUUCUUCAUCUACAAAUGAUGAAACUGAAGACAUGGAAAGUGAAUCUCAACCUGAAGACAUGGAAAGUGAUGAAUCUCAACCUGAAGACGUGGAAAGUGAUGAAUCUCAGCCUGAAGACGUGGAAAGUGAUGAAUCUCAAUCUGAAGACGUGGAAAGUGAUGAAUCUCAACCUGAAGACAUGGAAAGUGAUGAAUCUCAACCUGAAGACGUGGAAAGUGAUGAAUCUCAACCUGAAGACGUGGAAAGUGAUGAAUCUCAACCUGAAGACGUGGAAAGUGAUGAAUCUCAACCUGAAGACGUGGAAAGUGAUGAAUCUCAACCUGAAGACGUGGAAAGUGAUGAAUCUCAAUCUGAAGACGUGGAAAGUGAUGAAUCUCAACUUGAAGACGUGGAAAGUGAUGAAUCUCAACUUGAAGACAUGAAAAGUGAUGAAUCUCAACCUGAAGACAUGAAAAGUGAUGAAUCUCAACCUUCCCAUGCUCAAGUGACAGAAGAACCUGCUGAAGCUCAACCUACCAAUGCACAUGUGAUAGAAGAGCAUGCUGAAUCUCAACCUACCAAUUCACCAGUGCUAGAAGAACCUGCUGAAGCUCAACCUACCACUAAACAAUUGAUGACUGAACCUGCUGAAACUCAGGAUAAGACGGGUCCAAAAAUAACCGGCAGAGGUUCUGCAUGGAUGCAAAAGGAAUCCUGGACCCAACUGGUAAAUAAGGAUAACAAUUCAUUUAGCAUUUCACAAAUUUUGCCUGACAUCACUUUCCUAGAACAAACAGCCAAGGAGCCAAUUUUGUACCCUGCCAAUUCCAAUGAUUGCAAGCAUAAUGGUGCUGAUAAGAAUACUAUUAGUAGAACUGUCAAUGAUGGCUUCAACUUAGGGGAGAUUGUACCGAAGAAUAGUAAGCAUUCUGGCGCUUAUGAUUUAGUUUCUGCUCCAGUAGUUGAGAAAACAGUUGAAACAAGUUCAAGGGAAGGAUCCAGUGCAAAUGUUGAAAUAGGAGAAACUUGCUUAUUUAUGAGAAGUGCCGCUUCACUGAAAGAGUGGGCAAAAGCUAAAGCUGCUGUUAGUGGAUCACUCAAAAGAAAACACAGUGAGAAGUAA